AUGCAGGAGUUUCGUGAUGCUCUCGUGUAUAGUGGCUUGUCCGAGUUGGAACCACCUAAUACAGAGUUUAUCUGGUGGAAUAAGCGAAGGGGUGAUAUGAUUUAUGAGAGACUGGAUCGUUUUGUCGCUAAUAGGGGCUGGAAAGAUGUUUUUCCUUGCAUGGUUACUAAGAAGUGGUCGAAGGAGAAGUUUGGCAAUCUCACUAAGCGGAUUAAGAAGCUCCGGGAGGAUCGAAAUAAGCUAGUUCAGAAUGUGAAUUCAAAAAUCUCGGAGGAGCAGAUUUUGGAGCUUACAAAAAAGAUUGAGCACGCAGUUGAAGAAGAGGCUUGUCAUUGGAAGCAACGGGCGCUUGUGAAUUGGCUUGCUAAUGGGGAUAGAAAUACGAAGGCGUUUCAUGUUCAAGCCUCAAAGCGAAAUGAAAAACGAAUCUUAAAGGUUUGA